ACAUCCAGUCAAGUAAAAUAUGCCUCACACAGUAACCCACAGCACUCAAAGGAUCCACGCUAAAUGUUUUGAUGCCAGACUAUCACAGCCAGGCUACAUUACUGGUCAGUGCCAUUUUAGCAGCAUUAAUGGGACUCACACAGUGCAUAGUUUCUGAUAGUCAUUUGACAUUGAGCAUUAUGGAUUUUUUACUUAUAAGAAUGAUUUUCACUGGCACUGAUUGUGUAGUAGAGAUGGGAAAAUGCACUUCAUCAAAACACCCAAGACAUUUUCACAGCACCAAUCAAAGCAGCUGUUUGUUUCUGAUUGUACUAAGAGUCAUUUCACACAAACUGCACAAAAACUUGCGAAAAAAAAAAUAGAAAUAGAAAAGCCUGCACUUCAAAGAACAGUGGCCCUGUGUUCUUCUGAAUACUCUUUCAGCAUUGGGAACUGGUCAAGCCAGAUCUCUCAAAAGCCCUGAGCCACAUCCCACUUUAUCUCAUGACUAACAAUAUCUUUUUAUGCCUUAGACUUUAUACACGAAACAACUGAGCAACACAAGACACAAGCGGAUCCCUCCCAAUUUUAUUACAGUAGUUUCACAAACUGAACGUUUACUCUCGGUGAGCGCAGUUAAACUGAGGGAGGAGACUUGUGACAGUAGCCGAGCAGAGGAGGGAGGACCUACCUGUCAAGAAAGAAAUCUGACAGCAGUGCACCGAUGAGGACUAUGACUGGUAGCUGAGGGAAAAAAAUACACAGUAGUGGAAGGUGUCUGUUCAUCUGUUGAAGAGUGGAAAGCUCAAAAUGGGUGGCACUCAAAGUCAGAGGAAGAACAGCAGGAGAUCCAGCUCAAGGAGUUACACCAACACUGUCAUCUCUGACUCAGAGGGUCAUUUUGACACUCCUGAGGCAGCGACUCCUGUCCGCGCCCCUCCGACCAUCCCAGGAGAGCUGGAGAACAACAACACUGAUGCAGACAAAACAGAGUUGGAGCAGGAGGAGAACCUGAUAGUGACUGCUCCUGUCAGGGAUCAGGACACUCUGCUCAGCCACAACAUGGGUCAGGAUGAGCCUGCAGUCCCCAUGGGUGGCCCGCUCGAAAUAAACAUUCAGACCCUCGAAGAAGAACAAACAGUGAAAUUUCCAGCAGAUUUGGGCUCUGUGCCUGCUGCUGAUUUAUCCACACAGAAGGAAGUGGCUCCAUCCUCUGAGUCAUCCCAAGUCCCAGCUACUCUUCUAGCAGCUGAUCCAGUCCCAGAUCUGGCUCCAGCUCUGGGUCCUGCUCCUUCCUCAGAACCAGAUUCAAUCCUGAGCAGUGAACCCGAAAUCCUCUCAGCUCCAGAGCCCCCUGAGGAGAAACCUCCUGCUGAACCAGAGGCACAAUACAAUGGCCUGUCCAACGAGGCAGAGCCUACUCAAAAGAGUAAAACGAGGAAAUCCAAACCUCCGUCUCUGAAAAUGAAGUCCCCGCUGAAUGACGCUGCUAACACAAACGAGGAAGAAGAGCUUCCUGUCCCUAAGGUCACAUAUAAAUUUGACCCCGACCUUUUGGAUGACAGCUUUAACCCAUUCACCAGCGGCGGAUCAAAAAUCCAAAACUCUCCCCCACCAUGUGAACCGGGAUCUUUCCCCAGACUCGAGCCGCUUGGAGAGGCCAGCUCAGCAGCACAAGCACACUCGGAAACAACAAAUCCAUCAUCUGAGGUUAAGCCCGUGAUGAUGGAGUUUGGCCUGGAUGAAGGACCAGUCAGCAGGCCUCCUCCAAAGAAACUAGGAGGGAAAAAGACAAUCAGUAAACUUGCUACAAAGAAGCAGAAGCCCAAAGGAUCCGAGGCUUCUUGCAAACCUGAACCAGAACCCACAGUGUUAGAAACACUUUCACAGCCAGCACCAGAACCAGUCCCCCAGUCUAUACCAGAGCCAGUUUCAGAGCCUGAUAUGGAAGUUUCUCUUCCAGUUUCAGACUCUUCUGCACCUUUGAACUUGGACGAUGUUCCUAUUCUUAAGACAGGAUCAUAUCACUUUGAUCCCAGUCAAUCGGACGACCCAAACUUCAAUCCAUUUGGUAGCAAUAGCAGGGUGAGCAACUCUCCAGUGCUUCCUAGAAGCUCCUACAGCUUUGACCCGGACAAUUUUGAUGAUUCUGUGGACCCUUUUAAACCUUCAAAAUCCCUGAGCAACGAGGACACGUCCAGUAGCUCGUCUCUGCCGGAGAAAAAAGUAAAAGAAGGAGAGAAACAAAAGGCAAGACAACCUCAGGGGGAGAAGAAAGUGAGGCAGAUUCCCAAGAAAAACAAAGAGAGGACAAUCAAGACAUCUGAACAAGUCAAGUUUCUCUGUUUUCUGUUGAAUUCCUGUAAAGUAGAGAAAUACGAUGAAAGCCAGUCCUUGGUCCUUGACGUGUGUAAUCAGGAUAUAUGUACAGAUACCUCGCUCUCUCAUGUCCAGGAUGAGGAUGAAGUGGUGGUACAGACCCCAGAAAUCACUCAGCGAGUUCAUCAUGCCACCGAUGAGGAGAAGCUGGCCUCCACUUGUAUGAUGGGACAGACAACAGAUAGCCAGCAGGAGAGAGAGGAGCCAGAAUGCAAUAAAGCACCUGUAAAAAAACAGCUAAGCAGUGACAGAGCUAUAAUGGAUGGUUCUGAGAUGAAGGUUGCAGACCAGCUGGAGGAGAAGGACAGCUUCAGUCUGAAAGAUGAUAUAAGUGCGAUGUCCACAACAACAAAACUGACCUGCAGUGAGGGCCCUGACACAGCAGCCCUGUCCCAGGACAGCGUGCCUCUGAGCGAGAUGGACAAAGCUGCAGUGCUAACUCUGAUCAGAGAAGAGAUCAUCGUUAAAGAGAUUGAGGUCAAUGAAUGGAAGAGAAAAUAUGAAGAGAGCAGAGCAGAGGUUAUGGAAAUGAGGAAAAUAGUUGCAGAAUAUGAGAAAACAGUCGCACAGAUGAUUGAGGAUGAGCAGCAGCAGAAGACCCUGUCAUGUAGUAAGUCAGUGAGACAGCUGACCUUAGAGAGAGAUCAGGCCUUGGCUGACCUCAACUCAGUGGAGCGCUCCUUUGCUGACCUCUUCAGGCGGUAUGAGAACAUGAAGGGAGUCUUGGAGGGCUUUAAGAAGAAUGAGGAGGUGCUAAAGAAGUGUGCUCAAGACUACCUGAUGCGGAUCAAGCAAGAGGAGCAGCGAUAUCAAACCCUCAAAAUCCACGCUGAGGAGAAACUCGACAAGGCUAAUGAGGAGAUAGCCCAGGUACGUGCCAAGGCAAACGCUGAGAGUGUCGCCCUCAACGCAAGCCUGAGAAAGGAGCAGAUGAAGGUGGAGUCACUUGAAAGAGCUGUCCUUCAGAAGAAUCAAGAGAUUGAAGAGCUCACCAAGAUCUGUGAUGAACUGAUUGCCAAACUGGGAACAGAAUAGGACGCCUUUCAUCAAACUCUGUGGCUCUUAAUUGCUCCCUAUUCAGCUCCAGAUUUUUCUCACAACAACAUGUGCUUUAAAUCUUGUACAUGAUCAUAGAUCAGGCACAUUGCAACUUUCAUUGCUUGUUUGUUUAAAUAUACAGUAUAUUACUGAAGGACAGUAUGGUUGCAUUUGCUCAUUUUCUCCUUUCAGACUGAAAUACGAUGACAGUACAACUAUUGUUGUGUUAAUCAUGUCAGGACCAUUGAAGAAGCACACAAUUAUAACAGGAUGUAAUGUUGUGGGGUUUUGUUUUGUUUUUUAAAGAAGUCACUCCAUGAUUUGUAAACCUUAGCUUCAGGAUUUACAGUAAAGUAUCAUUUUACGUUUCUGGGAUUUACCCAUUUUCAAGUGUCGUCUCAUCACGUCUCGUCUCAGAAGGAUUUUCCACCCCCAUUUUACACUGCAUGUGUGCAGGAUCUAAGGGAAAAGAUGACGCUGGCAGGCAUGCACGCACAUUUUCUUUGCACCAGAGCACAUUUAUACUGCAAUUAACUGCGUUAAUAAUACAAUCCAUGUGCGGAGUGCCUAAAUGGAUCAUUUUGUAUAGUUUUCAGAUCGUUUAUCUCUGAUUAAGUAAGUUGCCUUUCAGUUUGUAUUUCUUAUUUCACAGGUUUACACAGUGUGUCCUUCAGUUAUACGUGGCUUUACAUUAAGCCGUUUUUGAAUCUUGGGGAUUGUUAAAUAUGAAGAGCACUUCAAAAGAAUCAAAUGUUAAAUCCAAGUUUUUAAUCACUUUGAUGAUACUUUGACUUUAAUAUAGUAAAACCUGCUUUUAUUAUGCUGUAGUAUAAAACCAUGUGGCAUGUUUCAUUUUCGACUGCUCUGAGUUUGAGUGUGGAAAAGUUACCGGUUGCCAUAAAAAUGAUUUUGGGUUGUGUCCAUAUUUUAUUUAUGAACCAAAACAUUGCUUGUGCCUUUUGAGAGAAAACAAAAGAAAGACAAACAGGUUUAUUUUUUCCCUUUGUGCAGUUGUUUCCAAGCUGUUUGCAAAGAGUACUGUAGUCAGUGUAUUUCUUGUAUGAUUGAACUGCAGUCAGUUGCAGUGGAUUUGCUGUUUCACUGCUAUCACCUUCAGCGAUAGAUCAGCGAGGCCUGUUGGGUUCAUCGUACCUCUUUUGCUGUAUCAAUAUUUUCUGGUCUGAUUUCACUUGAAUGAGCACACGAGUGCAUUUUUUGGUCCGAGGUGUAUAAAGGACACAUUCUGUACAGUAGCCUUCUUUACAUCAGCACAAUCAAUUGCCAAAUGUCACAGCAAAAUGAAGUGGGUUUCAGUGUGACCUCAUGUCCCGUCGUGGUGGUGUUAACAUUAGUUGGAAGGUGCUUUUAAAAUUCACAGUUAUAGUACAUUUUAUACUUUAUAAAAAAGAGUAUUCAUAAUUGUGUUGCUAAUGUUUGUAAAAUGAAAGAAUUACGUAUACUCAGAUUGUAUGUCAACUGUUAUAUUUUGUGCAUUCCUUAAUAAAUGGUUAAGAUUUAA